UCCCUGAAGGCGCAGCGCAUCUCCCUUCGAGUCGCUCUGGAAAGUUCGCUGCCCUUCCUCCUGCUGAACCGUCUAGAAGCUGCUGCUCGCCUUUAACUUCGCUCUCCCGCUGUCUCACACACACAUACACACACCCCUACACCUUGUAUUAGUUUCUGGAAAUUGAUACGGGCUAUUAGGCAUCAUUUUGUGUAGGAAUUAGGAGCUUAGGAACUGUAGGGACUGACAGCUAGCUGACACCGUUCACAUCUCAUUCACUCAGCCGCAGGUGGACUGCAGUAAUAACCUUAAACUUACACAUUUCACUGAAACAUGACUGCAGAGGAGGUGGCAAACGACGGGCAGAGCAUCCCCAUGGAGGGAGAGGACAUCACUCCUAAGAAAGAUGGAGGAGUUUUGAAGCUGGUGAAGAGAGAGGGCACAGGUACAGAGUUACCUAUGACAGGUGACAAAGUGUUCGUGCAUUACGUCGGCACUCUUUUGGACGGCACUCAGUUCGACUCCAGCCGUGAUCGAGGCGAGAAGUUCUCAUUCGAGUUAGGAAAAGGUCAGGUGAUUAAAGCGUGGGAUAUCGGUGUUGCGACAAUGCGCAUUGGUGAAAUCUGCCAGCUGAUUUGCAAACCCGAGUAUGCGUACGGAUCUGCUGGAAGCCCACCCAAAAUCCCACCCAGCGCCACCCUGGUGUUCCAGGUCGAGUUGUUUGACUUUCAUGGUGAGGACAUCACAGAGGAUGAAGAUGGUGGAAUUAUUCGUAGAAUCAUCACUAAAGGAGAGGGUUACUCUAAACCAAACGAGGGUGCAUCUGUGGAAGUGCACGUGGAGGGAACGCACGAGGGCUGCGUGUUCGACGAUCGGGAUCUGAAGUUUGAGGUGGGAGAUGGAGAGAGUCUCGACCUGCCGCUCGGAGUGGAGAAAGCGCUGCAGGCUAUGGAACAGGGCGAGGAGUCCCUGUUCAUCAUCAAACCAAAAUAUGGCUUUGGAAACACAGGCAAACCCAAAUUUAAUAUUCCACCUGGUGCAACACUGCAGUACAAAAUCACACUGACAAAGUUCGAGAAGGCGAAAGAAUCCUGGGAGAUGAACACCAGUGAGAAACUGGAACAGAGCGUUAUCGUCAAAGAGAAAGGAACUCAGUACUUCAAAGAUGGCAAAUAUAAGCAGGCGGUCGUGCAGUAUAAGCGCAUCGUGUCGUGGCUGGAGAAUGAGUCCAGCCUGCAGGGUGAGGAGGAAGAGAAAGCCAAAGCCCUGAGACUGGCGGCUCACCUCAACCUGGCCAUGUGCUAUCUAAAACUACAGGAGCCCAGCCCUGCCCUCGAGAACUGUGACAAGGCAUUGGAACUGGAUGCAAACAAUGAAAAAGCUUUGUUCAGGCGAGGAGAAGCGCUGUUCGUGAUGAAGGAAUUCGAUCGGGCGAGAGGAGACUUCCAGCGUGUGGUACAGCUGUAUCCGACCAACAAGGCGGCGAAGAGCCAAGUGCUGCAGUGCCAGAAACACAUCAAGGAGCAGCACGAAAAGGACAAACGCCUCUACGCCAACAUGUUCCAGAAGUUUGCAGAGAGGGACGCUAAAAAGGAAGCUGAGCAGGCAAAGAAAGAGAGCGACAGCGCAAUGGACAUAGAGGAAAAUGGUGCCCCCGAGCAGACUGCAGCGUAAAGACGUGUUAAUUUGGCUGUUUUUGUGUGUCUAAUUCAUUUUUUUACAAUUUUUUUCUUUUUUUCUUUUUUCUUUUUUUUAAACAGUUUGUUCCUAUGAAAUGAGUGCGUGUGUAUAGGUGUGAAGCUGAAAGUCUGAUCUGUAGAAUACUGUUAGUUUUCAUUCCCUUUCUCUAGGCCUCACUGGCACUGGCACUGUGUGCGUUUAAUUUGUGUGUUUGUGUUCAUGUGAGGCAGCUAGUUGGCCUGGCUGUGUACUUUUUGCUGCUAUUCCGCAUGAAGGUGCAACGCUGAAUGGAGAUCUGCUCAGUAAAUAUUAGGCGGUACUGCAGCCUCCGAUAAUGGGCCCGUCCCUGAUACUGCUACUAAGCGAUAUAUCAGAGCACCACUAUGUAGUGCUGAUGUACAGAACAGAUAAAGGCAUGGAAUUAAAACGAUCGUCAUGGCAACACGACUGUUUUGUUGGUAUUCUCCAUAUGGUUGUAUAUAUGGUUUUUUCCUAUAUCUUUCACUGAUCGCUGUCCAUAAAGCUGAUAACUCCUAUAAUCUUUUUUUAUUCACACAACUGGAAAUCCAGUGUUUUUUUUUUUUUUUUUUUUUAAAUUACACAUUUAAGAGGACGGCAUAUAGGAGGAGCUCUUCAUCAUGGAGAACCGCUUAGUAUCUGCUUGACUCGCUCUUACAAUUGUUAGGUUUUAGGCAGUUGUAGAGAAAUCAAUCCAGACUUCUGUUCUAGCCUACUUUAGUGCAAGGAAGUCAGUUUUGUGUUAUUAUUGACUCAUAUCAGGAUCCUGGGCUCAUAUCUGGGCUCAUAUCUAAUUUAACUAGAUGGGGACAUUUGAGCUGAAGUUGUAAAUUACUGAAAUUUAGACGUGCUACUUGCGCCGGUUUGUUUGAAACGCAUGAACGAAGGCGAGUGAAAGGCGUUAAUUGUUCUGUUCAUGGGUCACUAAUGCUCCAUUGAUGUCAAAUAAAAGAAUCCUGUUCUGGA